AUGAAGGUGAGAAUUCCCAAAUUGCAUGGACCGCAUGGUGAUCACUGUGGCUCACAGAGUCCAAUUGUGAAGCAUGAUGAUAUGAUCAUGUACCUGUCUUUGGUGGUGGCAGUGGCAGUGGAUAGUGUUGGCGUUGGUUACAGUGAUGAUGAAGGUGGUCAAUCCUGUCAUAGCUCAAAUGGCUUGGUGAUAUUUGCAUAAUCAGCAAAGACAUCGCUGGCUCUUAUUUUGUCUCUCAUGUUUUACAAAAAUGACAAAAUACCAAUGAACUUAUGUUCUUUCAUACUGUUCUUUUUUUAUUUUUUAUUUUUUGUUUUAUUUGCAGAAGAACAUGUAGGAAGUAAGCUAAAACCACAAGAUUAAUGUUUAUAAACUGCUUGUCACGGAUACAAGCGUGAGAUUAAUGUGCAUGUUUCAAGACAAGAAUGUUAGUUGAUGAUGAAUUAGUUAGUGUUUCGGACAGCUAAUGCACACUUGAUGGAUAAACCUGCAUAAUAAAAUGCUUUUAUUUGGAUGCAGUUACCUCCAAUAGCACAUGUCCAAGCUGGGUUCAACUACAAUUGCGAAAGAGGACAUGCUAAAAGAGUCUGGGUCUUUCAAAUUCGAGAGGGUCAAGUCUGUGGUGGAAGUAUUGGACAAAUAAGCAAUUCAUACCAUCUCUCUCUCUCUCUCUCUC